AUGCGUCGGUUUGGCACUGAAAUAAGUGGCAAUCGAAGGUCAGGGGGUGAGCUUUCACCUGAGGCCCGCGCAGCUAUUAUAUACGCUCAUGAAUGUGGUGUAUCGCCUACUAAAAUGGCUGCUGAGUUCAACGUCGCACGCUCAACAAUAUACUCUACAAUCAAACGAUUCCGAGAGCACCAAACGCUUAAAUCACUGCCUCGUUCAGGUGCCCCUAAAGUCUAUAGUGAGCUGAGCGCCCGUAUACCCAGUUAUCCAUCUCGAUCAACAAUCAAGCGAUUCCUACGUUCAAAAUUCCUCCAGCGCUAUCGAGCAAGACGUUGUAUCCCAAUUUCGAGGGAGAACGCCCGCAAAAGAGUCCGAUUUUGCCGAAAUUGGAGGGCUGAACGCUACAAUUCCCAACUACAAAGCUUCAUCUUUUCCGACGAAUGCAGCGUUCAACGUAUCCCUAAUUUAAACGGCCAAUACGUUACCCGGCUUAGAGGAGAAGCUUACAUUGCCCUCGAUUUAACGCCUGGCCUAGGCUUGGCGAAGGAUAUCGUUGCUUUGUUGACUCGCGUUAAUCCCGUAACCAACGAGUCGGUAGGCAACGUGGAGAUGGGCCUAAUCGUUGCGGGAAUUAUAGUACCCGAUGUUUUGAAAGGCUUAGCCAAAAUAACUGUGAAGAAUGUCGGCUACGCUUUUCGAGCAAUGGCUGCGGCAGCAGAACACGGUGGUAGCGGCGCUUCGCACGCCACAAAACUGUUGGAGCCUCUGCGCCUUGCCUCACAGUUUGUCAAAAGCUUUUUGGAGGGCGCCAUCGAAAGCCAAAAGGUGUCGUCGGAGCUGCUUCUACAGUUGGGAAAAGGCGCAGACUACACUGGUAACAUUGUCGAAAUGUCGGCUGCAGAGUUAAGAAAAGCGCCUGGAAGGGCAACGAUCACGAAGCCCUUAUUCGAUUCUGAGAUGUUGGUGUAUGGCUCGCACAAGAAUGCUGGGUUGGUACCAAGGGAUAUAGGGGAAAGGCUUGUAGCUCUUGAUUUCCAAAGUUUUGACGAAUUUCGCGGGGUAUUUUGGAAGACAGUAAGCGAAUCCAAGUACGCAAUGGAUCUGGUGGAGCUGGGGCCAGAUGCACUUUCCCGCAUGUCAGCUGGACUCUCCCCGUUCGCGCAUGAGUCUCAGCAACUUGGGAAGCGCUUGGUCUAUGAGCUUCAUCACAUAACACCGAUCAACAAAGGUGGUAAUGUUUAUGACAUUUCAAACAUCGCAAUCAUGACGCCCAGGUUUCACAAAGAAGUUCUUAUUCGUGCUUAUCAUUUUGGAGGACCUGGAAAAAUGUAA